GCUCAAGCCACACUUGUUCAGUUUUCGGAAGCAAUGGCGCUCCUUGCAGGUUUGCCAAGGGCAUCCCCCAUUCAAGUGCAGUCUGCCAGGACUGCACUAAAUGAGCUUCGAAGUUCCAAAUCCGGAGCAAAAGUGGAAGGCCUGAACACGCGAGCGGUUCGUGCCUCCAUCCCCUUGGCGGGUGCCUGGCUCUCGCUCCAGCGUGCCCGCAGCCGGUCGCGCGCCCGAUGCGCGCGCCAAGCGGAGUCUCGGAAGCCGAAGGUGGCAGUGGUUGGCGCAGGCUGGGGUGGUCUGGGAGCAGCAAAAGCUCUUUGUGAAAAUGGCUGUGACGUGACGCUCUUUGACGGGGGUCAACCUGGUGCUCCCAUGGCCACACCUUCUGGAAAGCCUUUUGAAGCCGGAACCCGGGGCUUUUGGCGAGAUUAUCCCAAUAUGAAUUCCAUCUUAGCUGAAAUCGGGCUGAAUGAAGCGGACCUUUUCACUGACUUCACCGAAUCCGCCUUCUACUCACCUGAUGGUCUUGAAGCGACUGCUCCGGUCUUUGCUGGAGCGCCAGAGCUUCCCAGCCCUUUGGGUCAAGUUUUAGCGAGCUUUAGCAGGUUCAAGCGCCUGCCUCUAAGUGAUCGACUCUCCAUCACUGGACUUUUAUUGGCCAUGAUUGACUUCACACGGGAUGAGGAGACCUUCAAGGCCUAUGAUCGAAUGACAGCACAUGAGCUCUUCAUUCGAGCGGGUCUCAGCCGUCGCCUGGUCGAGGACUUCCUCAAACCCACCUUGUUGGUGGGAUUGUUCAAGCCACCCGAGGAACUCUCAGCGGCCGUGACCAUGGAACUGCUGUACUUUUACGCUUUGGCCCACCAGACUUCCUUUGACGUGCGCUGGCUGAAGAAGGGUACCGUCAGCGAAACCCUGAUGAGUCCCGUCUUGAAUCAUUUGGUUGAAAAGUACAACUUGGAGGUCCGAGGGAACACUUUUGUGGAAGGCUUGGAUGUGAAGAAUAUGAAGGUCUCAGGCCUUCGAUAUGCGAUGAAGGGCGGUUCCAAAGGUCUUCUGGAAGAUUUGGAUGCUGUCGUCCUGGCCUUGGGCGCCGGAGGGCUCCGGGCCGUCUUGCGCGGCAGCCCGGAGCUGGCGAAGGUGUGCCCCACGUUGUCCGCCGCGGGAGCCCUGCGUGGUGUCGAUGUCAUGUCAGUGCGACUGUGGUUUGAUCAGACCAUCCCCACCGAAACUCCUGCGAACGUCUUCUCGCGCUUCCGGGGACUGCGGGGUGCCGGAGGCACAUUCUUCAUGCUGGAUCAGUUGCAGCCCGACAAGGAGGCUCUUUGGGCAGGUGAACCGCAGGGUUCAGUGGUUGCAUGUGACUUUUACAAUGCUGGUGCUCUUCUGCCACUCUCGGAUGAGGACAUCAUCCGUUUGCUCAAGGAGGAACUCCUGCCUUCAGCGGUUCCUGCUUUUGGCAAUGCUUCAGUGGUGGACAGCCACGUCAUGCGUUUUCCUGCUGCUGUGAGCUGGUUCUCGCCUGGCUCAUAUGAAUCGAGACCUACUUUGGAGACGCCUCUGCAGAAUCUGGCUUGUGCAGGUGAUUGGGUGCGUUUGGGAGAUCGCGAACAUGGAGCCAAAGGUCUGUGCCAGGAACGAGCACUGGUGACAGGGCUUGAGGCAGCAAACCUUCUCGCGCGGAACGGAGUUCUGGGAAGGACUUUCGGAGCGACCUCUUUCUUUGGAAUUGAUACGACCUGAAGAAGAGGAGUGCUUCCACUCAGAAGAAGCUCUAGCGUCAUAAGACUACGACUGCAGAUGUGUACAUGUCAAACGAUUCAACAUGCAAUCAGCAGAGGUGGAUUGUUUAAUCUUGGCAAGUGGGUCAGCCACGUCUCCGAUCAUUUGUUAUUGCGACACCUUAGGUUUGACCGCGAACACGAUGUUAUCCCAGUGAGGGACGAUGAGCUCCAAGUUCAACUCGGGCGUGCUGCCAACAAGAGUGUGGCACAAUUGUUGCGGCCCUUUGGUCUCUCGAGUCCAUGGGUGCGCUAGUCCAGUCGUGGAUGAGAAGAGGAUCAUUUUCUGCCAGGCAGUAAAGCUGUGUGAGCACACUGACGGGUCACUGACAGCCCUGAGUGGCCCAGAAACUGUCAGCUGCAGGGCUGUUUUCAGAACAGCUGAGCCCUUCAGAUUAACAAGACUUUUCCCAAGC